AUGUUUGAAGCUGGGCCGAAGGGCCCCACGGUGGGGAGAGGCCGUGUGUGCCCCGCCUUGACUAGUGCCUUGGUCCAGAUGUCAGGCCUGGCCCUGUUUGCGGAGACUGUUUGGGUGACAGCGGAUCAGUACCGGGUCUACCCUCUGCUCGGAGUUUCUGGCAAGGACGACGUCUUUGCGGGAGCCUGGAUUGCCAUUUUCACCGGCUUCUCCUUUUUUGUGGUUGCCAGCUUUGGUAUCGGAGCAGUACUGUGCCACAGCCGAGGAAUGCUGCUCACGUACCUGGUAUUAAUGCUGAUUGUCUAUGUGUUUGAGUGUGCCUCCAGCAUCACAUCCUAUACCCACAGAGACUACGUGGUGUCAAACCCAGCACUUAUUACCAAGCAGAUGCUGACACACUACAAUGCCCCAACUAGCCAGGGCCAGGAACUAACCCGUUUCUGGGACCGAGUCAUGAUUGAGCAACAAUGCUGUGGUACCUCAGGGCCCCUAGACUGGGUGAACUUCACAUCAGGCUUCCGAGAAGCCACCCCCGAGGUUGUGUUUCCUUGGCCCCCACUGUGUUGCCGUAGAGAUGCCAACUUCAACCCUCUCAAUGAGGAUGGAUGUCGGCUUGGCCACCGAGACUACCUCUUCACCAAGGGCUGCUUUGAGCAUAUUGGUCAUGCCAUUGAUAGCUACACAUGGGGGAUCUCUUGGUUUGGAUUCGCCAUUCUUAUGUGGACGCUCCCUGUGAUGCUGUUGGCCAUGUACUAUUACACGAUACUCUGAGACUCUCCCAGAAGUGUAUCCUUCUUCCCCAGAAGUAGUAUCUUUUCUUCACCUAUCUCUUCCCACUGGGCCCACCCAUGCCCCACAGAUGGUUUUGUGGGCUCUUCACCCAAACUCAUGCAUCUGCUGUUCCCAGUUUUCUUUUCCAUCUUCCCCAAAUAAUUUCCCCUCCCUGCUUCUAGGAUAUUCCCCUUCUUCCUCUAUCCCAGGCAUUCUGGUUCCCAGUAAGAGUU